GAUAUAAAUCCACCACGUUGAAAGAUGUCUUUGCUUAACUACUUUGGUUUAAUCGUGUUUCUGCAUUGUUCAACCGCGAUAUUUGGUCAUGAAACUUCGACAAAUAAUGUUACCGCUUGCAAGACUAUUCAUUUCGAUGGAUCAAAAGUGGAAGAUCUGCUCAGACUAAUGCUUAAACCCACCACAAAGACCAUUGAAAUAACAGCGACCGUUGCCUCUGCAAACAAGACUCGAGUUUUUCCAGAAAUGAAAUGGCCUUGGGCGAACGAAAUUGGUCGCACCUUAAUUUCCUUGGUCGCUCGUGCUAAAAGUAGUGUAUUUGAUUCGCCUCUUUUCACCUUUCCAUUCGAAGUCGGAAUAAAAGGAAUUUCUAUUGUAGCCGCGGAGGACCCUGUUGGUUGCUUACCAUCCGGGAAAAAUGGAAGUGAUCAGGUUUUUAACCAUCUUUUAAAAGAGCUUUUCUCUCACAUUCAAUAUAAAGAUAAUAACAAGUAUUAUCAAUUGUGCCGACCGCUUAAUGAAGCACCUUACAGAUUCAAUUGCUGUCAAAUAACCGGUGGUAGAAAGUUGACACUCUGUGCUGAUUAUUCCUCUAUUGUACUUGAAUGGGCACGUCCUGGGUCAAUAGCCGCGGUGGCUGUAUUCUGUAUAUUGACGUUACCCUUCGUGCUUGAACAUAUUAUAACCUACGAAGAAAUGACGUUUUACAAAUCUUCGUUCAGUCAUAUGUCUCUUAUUUCUUUUUUUUCUAUGAUAUUUUGUGAAGGUCGUGGAUGGGGUAAAACUUUCUUCAGACGAUUAGCUUUUGUAGGACUUUCGUUCACAGUGUUCUAUUUCGCCAACUAUUUCAAUUACGCGUAUUUCCUGUGGCUUUUUAUUGUGUGGGCUGUAUGUUUCUGUUUUUGUCACUUUUUUCGGAUUUGCUUUGAAAAAAACUUCCCCAUGGAGAAUUUUAAAAUCAAAGAAAAAUUCGAGUUGAAGUUUAAAGAAAAUCUAAUCUCCUGUUUCAAAAUUCCGAUUUCCCUUCCCUUUGUUAACGAGCAUUGCCAAAGGGGCUCGUCGUGGGAGGAUAUUUGGGCAGAUCUUAAGAUUUACUCUUUAAAAAUUGUGCUUUUAGUGCUUUCUCUAGUCCUUGUACUAUUAUGUCUGGUAAAAUUCGUAUUAUUUGACUUCAUAUUACGUUUUGUUUUUCCAUUUACUUGUAGAUGUAGAUGUACAUGUAGUAAAUGUGGAAAAGGUAAUGGCAAACUUUUGGUUAAUAUCUUUGCAGUCCCUAUAAGGCUUUUGACUUUAACGGUGAUCAUCUUUCUUUCUGGGUCGAUUCUUUUUUUUGGUAUUACUAUGACGGUUGGCUUGAUUCUAAACGGAGAGUUCUUCAAUCCUUUCUUUGCCCCGGUUGUGACUUUGAUAGCCUUUGUCUGGAAGAAUUGGCAGCUCUUGGUUGAAGCGCCGUGUCUGCAACUCAAAACAUUAAUUAUCCGUGUUUGCAAGAAGAAAGCUGAGAAGAUUAACUUUGGCAUAGCUAACAACGAAACAACAGCUGGAACCAGUCCCCCCAAUCAACCCAAAACUACUGCUGACAACCAAACCGAAACUAGUUCCAACAACGUAACAUCACAUAAAAUUGAAAAUAGUCUUGAUGAAAUACAUAGCAUAUCAGACCGAGGCUCAGACGUACCUGGUGGAUCAUCGUCACGUGGAUCGCCUGGUAAAAAUAGUUGUUCAAAAGCAUUCAAAAGUAUUUUAAAAUUAUUCUUCUCGUGUGGCUAUUUAAGCACUAAAAAUGAAUACAGUAAUUUUUCAGGCGAUGAGAUUGAUGCUGCUGAAAAAAAAUAUCGUGAAAAAAAAAAUCGUGAAAAAAAAUAUCGUGCCAUCAAAUUUGACGAAAGAACAGGCGAGGCAAUGAUAUCGAAGAAACUUUACAAAGAAGUCAGCGAACUAGAUCAAAUUCUUCCCUUGGGAGAUCUAUUAUUUCAUUUCUUCAGAAGAGUCCUUUUCGUUUGCAUAUACGCUUGGGCUAUGUUGAUUGUCCUGAUUCUAGGAGAGGAAUCGGGAAUUUCAGGAAGUAUUCGAGCAAUUAGCUCUAUUGUGGCUUUCUUAUUACCGUUCAUUUUUAACACAAUUUACGCCGAUAAUGUGGCAACACAGAAGGAUUCCACAAAUAUGGCAACGACGGAAAAGCUUGAACACAUACUGAAGAUUAAGAAACGCGAAAAUGACAUGAUUUUUGUUGAAUUGGUUUGUUCAACCGAGAGAGAGAACGAAGAUAUAGUUUGAACUGGUUUGAAAUGAAACUGCCUGGUUGAAUUGCCAAGUUCAUUCCAUGUU